CCCGCACCAGGCCACCGGCCGCGGAGUGGGCGCAGCGCAGCCAGCGGCGCCCUGCCACGCCUGCCCCGCCGCCCCCGACGCCGCCCCCGACGCCCCCACGGCCGCCCCGCGCCGCGGCCGCAGCCGCCGGGCCCCCCAGGCCACCAUGAAGAAGGAGGUGUGCUCCGUGGCUUUCCUCAAGGCUGUCUUCGCUGAGUUCCUGGCCACCCUCAUCUUCGUCUUCUUCGGCCUGGGUUCGGCUCUCAAGUGGCCGUCGGCGCUGCCCUCCAUCCUGCAGAUCGCCAUGGCCUUCGGCCUGGCUAUCGGUACUCUGGCCCAGGCCUUGGGUCCUGUCAGCGGUGGCCACAUCAACCCGGCCAUCACCCUGGCCCUUCUCGUAGGCAACCAGAUCUCGUUGCUCAGGGCUCUCUUCUACGUGGCAGCCCAGCUGGUGGGCGCCAUUGCUGGGGCAGGCAUCCUCUACGGCCUGGCACCACUCAAUGCCCGGGGCAACCUGGCAGUCAACGCGCUGAACAACAACACAUCGCCAGGCCAGGCGGUGGUGGUGGAGCUGAUCCUGACCUUCCAGCUGGCACUCUGCAUCUUCUCCUCCACGGACUCCCGCCGCACCAGCCCUGUGGGCUCCCCAGCCCUGUCCAUUGGCCUGUCCGUCACUCUGGGCCACCUCGUGGGGAUCUACUUCACCGGCUGCUCCAUGAACCCAGCCCGCUCCUUCGGUCCCGCAGUGAUCAUGAAGCGGUUCAGCCCCUCCCACUGGGUCUUCUGGGUGGGACCUAUCGUGGGAGCCAUCCUGGCUGCCAUCCUCUACUUCUACCUGCUCUUCCCCACCUCCCUGAGCCUCAGCGAGCGUGUGGCCGUCAUUAAGGGCACCUAUGAGCCAGAAGAGGACUGGGAAGAGCAUCGGGAGGAACGGAAAAAGACCAUAGAGCUCACUGCCCACUGACCAGCAUGUGACAGGGGCCGGCCCCUCAGCCCUGGAAGCACCGGAGAAAGAGAAGAAUACUGACAGCAACACGUCUGCCCCCCCCCCCCACACACACACACUGCAGGUCUUCUUGGUUGGGGAAGGGUGCUGGCUUCCCAGACGCCACAGCUGGAAAUGGAAGCCCAGCGGCAUUAGGACACUUGGGUGAGGGCCAGGGGCGGGGGGGCUGGUGGGGGCAAGAUCCCUCUGGGACAGAGCAGACUGUGCUGCCAUAAGCUCAGAGAUUGUGAAUACAGUGCCAAGCAGUGAUUGUGAAUACAGUGCAGGCCGCCCAGGGCCAGGCGGGAAAGCGAUUGCUGCUGUCUUCUUUCCCUGCACCCAACCCAGCACCUUAAGAUCUGGGCAGGCACAGGGGGACCCUCCCUCCACAGCUCUUCAAUGGGAGACAGACUGGUUCAUUGAAUGCCACCUUAUUUAUUUCUGGUCAAGGAUAUGAGGGGUGGGGCUGCUACUAUUUGGCUUGGGAGCUUCCCAAUAAACUGCUGCUCUUCAU